GUUUUUAGUUACGCGUCGGAACGGAUCCGUUGAAUAGCCGCCAAAGCGCGCUUAGAUGCAGCAACAGCCAACUUGGCCAAGAAGAGCCGAUCAGCCAACAGCUAGCGACGGUUUUAUCCCCCUUUCACAAGAAACGGCAAAAAUAACAGAUAACCAAGAAAAACAGGAAAAAGUAUUGCACAAAAAACAUAAACAAACUUCCCGAAGUUAAGGUGUAAUACCUAUAAAAACCUAACUUUUAUUCAGAAUAUAAAAAAAUAAAACACGAAACCCAAAACAGUGCUCAUAUGAUAUCGAAUUCGACCGCCCGUUAAGUGCUCACAAAAACAAAUAAAAAUUCAAAUCAAAAUAAAGCCUAAACGUUUAAAAAACAAACAAAUCUAGCCAAGUUUCCCCCAUAAAGUUGUGAAAUCCUAAGCUACUUAUUUCUCUCGUUAAACUUCAAAUCAAACAAGCUUCAUUCUUUGUUGAAUCAAAGAAUUGGAGGCAGCAUAAGUAUCUUAUCAAUGAAUGGAAACCAAACAACAAAAAAUCGACAUAAACUAGUGAUAUCCCAUAUGUAAAGUGUUCGUUAAACAGAUUCGGUUACCAAACAGCUCAAGUUAAUAAAAGUCAACAAAUUCAACAUUUUAUGGCAGUUCGCAGAGUGGAAUUCAUAAGCAACAACAACAAACCAUAAACAUAUAUUAGUCAGAUGAUUCGGUAGUAUAUUCCGCAUAUAUGCCGCCAUCGAAUAUUUGAUUCCAAUCGCCGGGAAACGGGAAAUACAAAGGAAAUGCAGAACUUUUCGAGCUCGACGCAUCAAAAACUUCUCACCACCACCACCACUUGUUCCAGCACCACUAGAUCCAGAACCAGCAGCAGCACCACCCAGUCCGCCGGUCGGCUCGUUGGCCACAGAUUGAGGCACCGCGGAAGCUCGGCUCCGUCCCCGUCUCCAUCUGCGGUAUGAUGGAACGUCUGUCCACGCACCUGUCGCUCACCGGCCUCUCGCUCGCUCACCCACUGCAGAGCCACCUGGGCUCCGGCGGCGGCACGCACCACCUGGGCCAACUGGCGGCGGCGGUGCAGCAGCACCAGCAAUCCGACCAGGGACUGGGCCACGCGCACCACUCGCUGCACGGUCAGCAGUUGUCGCUGAACCACCAGCACCACCACGCCCACCAGUCGCCGCAGCACCAGCAGCAGCAUCAGCACCACCCGUGCAGCAGCAACAGCAGCAACGGUUCGCCCAACGGAUCCACCGGCUUGGGUUUGCAUCCACACUCGGCGCUCCAUUUGGCGCACCACCACUCGCAGCUGCACCAGCACCACCCGGCGGGUCAGCAGCAGCAACAGGGCCAGCCGGCGGUGUCCUCCUCCUCCUCCGCGGCAGUGGGAUCGCACCACAGCCAGUCGCAGUCGCUGAGCCACCAGCCGCACAGCAACGGCAGCUCCCAACUGGGCGGUGGUUCCGCCAGCGGUGCGGGCGUCUCGGGAGCCGGUGGUUCGGCCAACAGCCACCACAGUGCUUCGGCCCCCAGCAGCGUGAUGGCCGCCGCAGCAGCCGCCCACCUGCACCACAAUUCGCAGGCCUCGCCCAUCAGCAAUCUCCACCAGAACAUGGGAAGCCUCAUGAACUCCGGCAGCAGCGCCAGCGAUGUCUUCUUCAGUUUGAUGAUCCAGAACACAACGAAGCGCCAAAAUGAGGAGCACAUAAAACGUCCAAUGAACGCAUUCAUGGUGUGGUCAAGACUUCAACGGCGCAAAAUAGCCCAGGAUAAUCCGAAAAUGCACAAUUCUGAGAUAUCCAAGAGGCUGGGUGCCGAGUGGAAGUUGCUCACGGAGGAGGAGAAACGUCCGUUUAUCGAUGAGGCCAAACGCUUGAGGGCCAUGCACAUGAAGGAGCAUCCGGACUACAAAUACCGACCGCGACGAAAGCCAAAGGCCCUGAGACGCGAUGGUUAUCCCUAUCCAAUGCCAUAUCCAUCGGUGCCCGUCGAGGCGUUAAGAGCGGGUAUUACGCCCGGUUACUUUGCGCCCGGUCCCACAGCGGCUGCCUAUCACCUGGGCAGCCAUCUCGGCCAGACAUCGACGCCGACCACGACUCAGGCCACCCUCUCCGGUCAGAUGGACAAGUUCGCGUUGGAGCGCAGCUCGUAUCUGAGCAAUUCCUCGCAGGCGAGUGCGUACAGCGCCUACUUGGACCCCAGUGUGCUGACCAAGGCGUACUUCGACUCCAAGAUGUACCAGGAUCGGGCGGCCAACUAUGCCUUCGACAUAUCCAAGAUCUAUGGGGCACAGCAGCAUGCGGCGGCGCAUCACCAGCAGCAGCAGCAGCAACAUCAGCAGCAGCAACAACAGCAGCAGCAACAGCAGCAACAAUUGCUGCUCAGCGGAGGGGGAGGAGGUGGAGGGGGAAGCGGUGGGGGCGGCAGUGCCAGUUCGCACAACAACAACAGCAGCAGCGGGCUGGACGAUCGCGAUGCCACGCCCCAAUUGGAGGCGGUGGAGGCGAAGCCGCACUUGCAUUCGCCCAGCGAUGUGGGUCUGGAUUACGCCCAAUAUGCCCAGCAGUAUGGCGGUCAAUUGGCCUCGGCAGCGGCGGCGGGUGGUGCAGUGGGUGGUUCCCCUGCCGGCGUGGGCGGUGGUUCGGCGGGCGGUGGGGGUGGUGGCGCCACCGCCGCGGAUUUCCGGCGACCACUGACGGUGAUCUUCUGACCACCAUCUUCCAACGGCAGCGAGGAGUUGAACUUGUCUAUGACCUAGGAAAAAAAUUGGGGAAAACCCUUGAUUCGGUGGCAAUUCUAAAAAAAGAAUUCUUGAAUUAAUUGAAAAAUAAUUACAGUUUCAGAGAGAUUUUAAAUUUAUUUACUACACUUUUUAAAAAAUAUUUAAAAGCUGAAAAUAAAUCGAAAAAUAAAUCCUAUGAAUAUUCAAAUCAAAGAUAUGAACUUUAAAGAACAUUUUAUGUUUAACCAAUUUUUAAACCACAAAAUUAAAUUCGAAUUGUCUUUAAAAAACAAGGUAAAUUUUCCCCCAAAAGAAAUAUAACGAAAAGGGUAUAACGAAUCCGAAAAACGCGAGAUUAAAGUUAAACGUAGCCAACAUUUACAUUUAAGUCUCCAGUUGUAAACUAAACUUAAGCUUUGUUAAAAUAGAACGAGAGGGAAAAUGGAUUAAAGAGCGAGAUAUUGAAAAGGAAAAGGAAUUCCGAUUCAGAGAGGCAAAAUCACUUAGCUAAACAAAAAAGAAAACAUUUCAACAAAAUGAAACAACAACGAGCGGUGCAAUUUUUUUAUGUUUUAAACGCAGAUCGAAGUGCAUAGCAUAAAUUUAAAAUUAAAUUUAAAUGUAUUUAAAUUCUACACUAAACACACACAAACAAAACAAUUAAAAUACAGACAUAAUAUAUACUUCUGAAACCAGAAAAAAAUAAAAACAAAAAAAUAAAAGACACUGUCAUCAUCCGCAAA